CCCUCCCCCUCCUCCCCGCCCUGCCCCCUCUGCCAUGCAGCUCCACCCUGGGUCCUACACACUACCCUGGCACUCGACAGCAGACACCAGUGAUCUGUCUAUCCAGUGGAAUCAGCUCUCCAGACACUACUCCACAGACCACAGCAGUUCUUUAGGUAGCAUGGAGAGCCUGGAGCCUCCUAGCAGCCAAGUGUACUACGAUUCCCAGAAUUCACCAGUGGACCCUGCCAUCUUCAACAACAAGAGGGACUACAAUUCCCCUGUUGACCCCGGCAUCUUCAACAACAAGAGAGACUACAAUUCCCAGAAUUCCACAGUGGACCCUGCCAUCUUUAACAACAAGAGAGACUACGAUUCUCAGAAUUCCCCAGUGGACCCUGUCAUCUUCAACAACAAGAGAGACUACGAUUCCCAGAAUUCCCCUGUCGACCCUGUCAUCUUCAACAACAAGAGAGACUCUGCCUAUAGUUCUUUUUCAGCUAGUUCUAAUACGUCUGACUAUACUGUCUCACUGAGGCCUGGUGAAGCCUGUUCCAUGGACAAUAUCCUCCAGAGCCUGGGGCCAGGGGGGCCCACCAGCCAGGGGUAUGCCUGCGGCGAUGCACCGUCCCUGGGGAGGGAGUCAGGCGAGCCCCAAGAUGAGACCAGGACCUCUGCCUUACUAAAGUCUGGGUCGCUGACCAGACCCAGAGUGAGGCGGCCAGAAGCGAAGGAGAGACCAUCUUCAUACUGUUAUGAGGACGAGAGGAGGAAGGGAGAAGGGGAGAUGGGUGGAGGAGAAGGGGAAAGGGAGGUUUCGAGUCCCCCCCAGCCACCGACCAGGAAGGACAGUUUCAGGGCCACCCGGGGUUGCUCCGGGGUCACAGAUGUCAAAGUACAACGAUGCAUCCCUGACCCCGUCGGAAUUCCCAGCCUCUCCCAUUGCCAUGCCGAAGACGAUGACGACGAUCUUCUGAACAUUCCGGGCGUUCCAAGCAACAACAGCUAUCCUGCUACUAGUGAGACAUCAAAGACUGAGGGAAACAGAAAUGGAAACAGGGUUGGGAAUUUCAAAGGUGAUUCCUUAGAGCAGUACUACACCCUUAUCUCCAAGAAAAAAAGUUCCCGUAAGGACAGCAACUCAGUGAUCCAGAAUAGCCACCCAGAGCCCCUUUCCCCCUUCCUCCCUGCCCCAGAGAUAAGCUCCACUUCUCCCAUCUCAAGCUCCGGCCCUCCUGACACCUCCAUAGAUCCAGAACCCUUAGGGGAGCCCAGCCACCUCCUCCCCCAGAACAAGCACUCCUCAUUAGGUCUCUACAGACACAGCGCCCCUGAGAAACUCUUGUCCCAGCUACGUCUCCUAGAGUUCUCCAGCGACCCCUCAGACUCUUCAGACCGUAGCUCCGCCUCCCCCUCCAGCUCCCAGUGGUCUCAUUCCCCCUUUCACCCCACCAGAGAGAACCUAUCUGAGGAUCUAGGGAGUAACAACGCCCCUGUCCAACUCCAGCAGAACCAGGGGAAAUGGAGAGAGGGUGUUGGAGGAGGAGCGAGUCGCUGCUCUUCCCCAGGAUCGGUGGACAUCGAUGGGGUUAGAGAGGCAGGGGAGAUGGGAUUGGUGGUAGGGGGGGCUGCUGCUACUCUCCUCUCUCCCAUCCAGCUCCAACACCCCUGGGCUAGGUCAUUGAGUGUACCAGGGUCAGAGAAGCCUUCUGGAGGCUGUAACCAGGGAGGAGUGAGCUCUGAGCGGGUACGGAAGACAGACUUUGGGCCUCUCAGUGCUGCAGCAAGUGUGGAUAGCCUACUUGAGGAGAAUCUGAGAGGAGGAGGAAGAGAAGAAAGAAGAGGAGAAAGAGAGGAGGAUGAUGAUGGAGAGGUGCUGAUGAAGAAACCCAGGAGUCACCGUUCGUCCCGGUCACGCCGCCGCAGCGAACGCUUCGCCACGAACCUCCGAAAUGAGAUCCAGCGCAAGAAAGCUCAGCUGUCGAAGAGCAAAGGCCCAGGAGGGUUGCUCUACGGCGGGGAGACGGUCGAGGAAGAAGAGGGUCCUGACCUGGAGGACCUCCAGAGGGAAGAGGCUGACAAUCUCAAGGAAAGGUGCUCCCAGGAAAGGUGCUCCCAAGGCAGGUACACCUCGUCUGAUGACAGCCGAUCAGCUCCAGCCCCUGGAAGUCUACUGGCCUCUACUUCCACACCCCAGCUCCACCAGCUGUCCCCAACCCCAGUUUCAGCUCUGCAACCCCCCAGGGAUGAAGAUCCUGAACGACCAGAGGACCAAGACCAAGCGUCAGACCCAUCCAGGACCACCCAGAGGUUGGUUCCAGCCAUGCCCAGCUGCGAUGUGGGAACCCAGGUGGCGGAGGAGCAAGAUCCAGCUGGUAUGGCUCGCCAAUGGAGGUGGACGCCCGAACACAAUUACCAACUGGAAAUGGACACCGACCGCCAGGGCGAGAGGGUUACAGGGGCCCUGGGGUUAUCAGGACGAGGAAGAGCAACCUCCUCCUCUUCCUCCACCAUCACUCGUUCUUCUCGUACGGAGGAGUGUGAUGUUCUUCCUUUCGCAGAUCGUUGUAAGUUCUUUGAGGAGACCAGUAGGAGUAUGUCUGUGUGGAAUCUGCCAGGCCUGACGAGUCGAAGACAGAGGCCAGAUAGACACGGGAGGCAGCCUCAUCCAUCCACGCUGGAGAAUCAGGGAGGGGGCUACGGACAGGGAAAAGCCCAGCGGAGGUACUCGUACCAGGGGGGAAUCCAGAAGGAAAGUCCCCUAUCGAUUACAACCAUGGAGACCCGGAGACAAUUGAUUUGCAGUAACAGGGAUAGAGAAAAGGAGGGGGAGAGAGAAAAGGAGGGGGAGAGAGCGAAAGAGAGGGAGAGAGAGAAGGAGAGAGAGAAGGAGAGGGAGAGAGAAAAGGAGAAGGAGAGAGAAAAGGAGAGGGAGAGAGAAAAGGAGAGGGAGAAGGAGAGGGAGAGAGAAAAGGAGAGGGAGAGAGAAAAGGAGAGGGAGAGAGAAAAGGAGAGGGAGAAGGAGAGGGAGAGAGAAAAGGAGAGGGAGUGGGAAAGAGCGAAGAAAAGGGAGGACAGAGCAAGAGAGAGGGAGAUGGCGCUUGAAAGGGAGAGAGAGCGGGAGAGAGAGGAGCAGAGACUAUGCGAAGAGAAGGCUAGACUGAGAGAGAGGGAGAGAGAACGAGAGAAGGAGAUUGAGCUGGUGAGGGAAUGUGAGAGGGAGAUAGAGAGACAAGGAGAGAGGGAGAGAGAGUCACUCAGUACAGCUCGGGACCUCUACAACACUCGGACUCAGCCCCAGGCAUACCAGAAGAACCAGCCCCACUCCUGCCCCCAUCUCCAAGCCCAGAUAGAGGCCCCUCAUUCAGCCUUCCACCCUGUCAAAACCCCUCUUCUCCAGGACAACCAGGCUCCACAUCAGGGGUACCUACCAUAUGUCUACACACCAACAGAGGAGUAUCCUGUCCCAACCCAGCCAUUACCGCGGGAACAAACACAAAUCAACAGGAAGUUCAGCCUGACCGAGAGGGACUACCCGAGGUACAGACGUGAUUCCUGCACCAGGCCACCAGAUACACCACACCACCACCACCAGCUGGGUCGGAGCGGCAGGCUGUCUGCCUGUAGUGUGGAUGAUCCCACGUCUUCAUCAUCGUCUUCAUCACUACGAAGCAGGGCCAUGUCGGAGAAUGAUCUACGCUUCGACUCCACAUACCACCGUGCUUCCCCCUCGGUUGCUACAGCGACACCGCUUUCAGAGCUGGAGGAGGGAGGCGGGGUUGGUGGAGUGGGAAGUGCUAGGGGAGUGGCUACCAGGAAGAAAACCCCACCCCCUCCCAGGCCGCCUCCCCCCAAAUGGGAGGAGUUCCACCGAAGGAGAGCGUCCCACCACACCCUCUUCGCCUCUUCUCUCUCCUCCACCUCUUCUUCAUCAGUCCAUCCUCUCCCUCUCAGUCCACCAGAGGGUCUAUGCUCUCACUCUCCUCACACCCCCUGUCCCACAGAAACAUCCAAAAUGACGCAUCAGCGCUCGUACAGCCUCCCCCCUCAGAGGGAGGAGCUAGAGGGGUGCCAGCGCUGUAGCCUGAGCCAGCUCCAGGAACGCCCCUUUUCACAAGCCACGCCCAGUCCCCGGUUCACACGCAGGACCUUCCGGCCGGUGGCUCCACAACAUAGAGAGAGAGACACACCCACUCAUUACGACAACUCACUGCCCCCUCUACCACCAUCAGACAACCAAGCCAGGCUAUGCAACAUGGAUGAUCAAGAUCGCCCUGCUGUGUUGAAGCCCAUCUCUCAUAGACAGCAGAGGGCCGGUGCUGAGUGGGAGAGAACUCCAUCUCCCAGGGUGCAUAGCGUCUCAGCCCUCCCCACCAUAGAGAAUGGUGCUAUCUCUCUCGAGUCCUACUUUGCUAUGAGCUACGAGCAGCAGCAACAGCUACAGAACAGUAGAAGAUUCCAGAAUCAUCCCCACAACAACAAUAACAACAAACCAGAAUUGGAACCCGACUUGGAACUGGAACCAGGUUUUAGCCCGAGCUCCGCCCAGAGCCUGGAACAGGAAGUGGACAUCCCCAUGGAAACAGACAUUGACGAUUUCCAGGAGGAGGGGCUUCCUGAGGAUGAAGAGCCAAUCAGGACAGAGCUCCAGUGUUUUGCUCUGCCCGUCACGGUUCUGGAGACAGACAUCGAUACGCUGCCUGACCAGGAGGCCUCGCCGGCGGGUAGGAAGACUGCAGAGACUGGGUCCCUGGAUGGGGAGAUGGAGGACCAGGGGAUGGGGACCAGAGAGGGACUCAUGGAGGAGCUAUUCCACCAGAGUGGUGAGGGCAAGGCGGGCACAGAGAGAUGGAGAGGGGCCUACCGUAGCUCAAACUCUGAGAAAAACACUGACAGCCUGGAUAGGCAUUCUGGUACCAGCUCCAGUUGUUCGUCCUAUUAUUCUACCUCAGCAGCCAAGGCUCAGCUCCUCACUCAGAUGAAAGACUACUGCUCAGAUGCCAGAGAUACUGACCACGAUGACCAACUGUCUUAUAAGAAACAGUUGAUGGAAAGUCUCCGUAAGAAGCUAGGAGUUCUGAGAGAAGCACAGAGAGGUCUACAGGAAGAUAUACGGGCUAACACACAGCUGGGAGAAGAGGUUGAGAGCUUGGUUGUAGUGGUCUGUAAACCCAACGAGGUGGAUAAGUUCAGGAUGUUUAUCGGGGACCUGGAUAAGGUUGUCAGUCUGCUGCUGUCUCUCUCUGGUCGGCUACUGAGGGUGGAGAGCUCCCUGGCCAACCUGGACGCUGAGACUGGACACCACGAGAGGCUCCUCCUCCUAGAGAAGAAGCGACAGCUACAGGUCCAGCUGUCUGAAGCUCAGGACCUGAAGGAACACGUUGACCACAGAGAGCAGGCUGUAGGAAGGGUCCUGGGACGAUGCCUCUCCCCAGAACAGCACCGUGACUACAGCCACUACGUGAAGAUGAAGGCAGCAUUACUGGUGGAACAGAGACAGCUGGAGGAGAAGAUCAGACUGGGAGAGGAGCAGUUAAGGGGGCUGAGGGAGAGUCUGGGGUUGGGGUUAGGGUUAGGGCUGUCCAUGGGCUAUGGACACUAUUAAACCAACCAGGAAACCUUAAAGCUGGGGUUAGGGCUGUCCAUUGGCUAUGGACACUGUUAAACCAACCAGGAAACCUUAAAGCGGGGGUUAGGGCUGUCCAUGGGCUAUGGACACUGUUAAACCAACCAGGAAACCUUCAAGCUGGGGUUAGGGCUGUCAAUGGGCUAUGGACACUGUUAAACUAACCAGGAAACCUUAAAGCUGGGGUUAGGGCUGUCCAUGGGCUAUGGACACUGUUAAACCAACCAGGAAACCUUAAAGCUGGGGUUAGGGCUGUCCAUGGGAUAUGGACACUAUUAAACCAACCGGGAAACCUUAAAGCUGGGGUUAGGGCUGUCCAUGGGCUAUGGACACUGUUAAACCAACCAGGAAACCUUAAAGCUGGGGUUAGGGCUGUCCAUGGGCUAUGGACAUUAUUAAACCAACCAGGAAACCUUAAAGCUGGGGUUAGGGCUGUCCAUGGGCUAUGGACAUUAUUAAACCAACCAGGAAACCUUAAAGCUGGGGUUAGGGCUGUCCAUGGGCUAUGGGCACUAUCACAUUGACAUGGGAAGAGCCUCAGUCUUGGCUUGGGUGGUUGGUCUAGAAAUAGAGGAGAACCUUGUUGGACUGGUUAGGGAUGGGACAUGGGAGGAUAGGCCUGGGGCAUGGGCUUUACUGAAAGGCCAGGAAGAAGAGAAGGUUAGUGGGUUAUGGGAGAGCCUGGGCUUGGGGUUGGAGAUGGGCCUGGGGUAUAGGCACUAUGGGGAGACAGCCAUCCUACACACUGAGACCCUACAGGAUGGGGAUAUGGGUACCACUGAACAACCCCAGUACGUCCUAAAAAAAAAGUGCUGCCCAACUUUUCAAAAAACACUUCAGUCCAUUUUUCUUGACACUCAAAACGUAUUGAGAGUGUUUUAAGUCUUCACUUGGUAGUAUUGGUGAAUUAAAAACACACACCUACCCUUUGGUGUUACAUUGGGGAUCAUUAACUUACCGACGUGAUCCUCACAAUCACACACACACUACGUGGUGAUGGACGUUGUUGUUGUUUAGUGAGCGUGUGUUCCUGAAGAGGCCUGGAGAAAGUAUUUAUUUAUUUAUAACUUCUCUGUAGACGACAGGGAGACUCUGGGGUGCUAGAAGACUAUUUUUCCGUUAAACUGUUGAACAUAAUCAAAUAAUCUGUUGCAGAAAAAGAGAGAAAAGCUCCUUCUUUCUCUCCACUCAUAAUCCAUUAUGUCCCAAUAUUAUCUCUACCAUACUACUUAGCAUCCAUGGACAACACAUUAUUCACUACAUACUCAGUAGUUUACAAUAUCCACUCAUAAUCCAUUAUGUCCCAAUAUUAUCUCUACCAUACUACUUAGCAUCCAUGGACAACACAUUAUUCACUACAUACUCAGUAGUUUACAAGUGUGAAUGUUGAGAUCCCGAUGACAUAUAGUUGAAGUCGGAAGUUUACAUACACCUUAGCCAAAUACAUUUAAACUCAGUUUUUUCACAAUUCCUGACAUUUAAUCAUAGUAAAAACUCUGUCUUAGGUCAGUUAGGAUCACCACUUUUGUUUUUAGAAGGUGAAAUGUCAGAAUAAUAGUAGAGAGAAUGAUUUCUUUAAGCUUUUAUUUCUUUCAUCACAUUCCCAGUGGGUCAGAAGAUUACAUACACUCAAUUAGUAUUUGAUAGCAUUGCCUUUAAAUUGUUUAACUUGGGUCAAAUGUUUUGGGUAGCCUUCCACAAGCUUCCCAAAAUAAGUUGGGUGAAUUUUGGCCCAUUCCUCCUGACAGAGCUGGUGUAACUGAGUCAGGUUUGUAGGUCUCCUUGCUCGCACACGCUUUUUCAGUUCUGCCCACAAAUUUUCUAUUGGAUUGAGGUCAGGGCUUUGUGAUGGCCACUCCAAUACCUUGACUUUGUUGUCCUUUAGCCAUUUUGCCACAACUUUGGAAGUAUGCUUGGGGUCAUUGUCCAUUUGGAAGACCCAUUUGCGACCAAGCUUUAACUUCUUGAGAUGUUGCUUGAAUAUAUCCACAUAAUUUUUCAGCCUCAUGAUGCCAUCUAUUUUGUGAAGUGCACCAGUCCCUCCUGCAGCAAAGCACCCCCACAACAUGAUGCUGCCACCCCCGUGCUUCAAGGUUGGGAUGGUGUUCUUCGGCUUGCAAGCCUCCCCCUAUUUCCUCCAAACAUAACGAUGGUCAUUAUGGCCAAACAGUUCUAUUUUUGUUUCAUCAGACCAGAGGACAUUUCUCCAAAAAGUAUGAUCUUUGUCCCCAUGUGCAGUUGAAAUCCGUAGUCUGACAUUUUUAUGGCGGUUUUGGAGCAGUGGCUUCUUGCUUGCUGACGGCCUUUCAGGUUAUGUCGAUAUAGGACUCGUUUUACUGUGGAUAUAGAUACUUUUGUACCUAUUUCCUCAAGCAUCUUCACAAGGUCAUUUGCUGUUGUUCUGGGAUUGAUUUGCACUUUUUUCACCAAAGAACGUUCAUCUCUAGGAGACAGAACGCGUCUCCUUCCUGAGCGGUAUGACGGCUGUGUGGUCCCAUGGUGUUUAUACUUGUGUACUAUUGUUUGUACAGAUGAACGUGGUACCUUCAGGUGUUUGGAAAUUGCUCCCAAGGAUGAACCAGACUUGUGGAGGUCUACAAUUUUCUUUCUGAGGUCUUGGCUGAUUUCUUUUGAUUUUCCCAUGAUGUCAAGCAAAGAGGCACUGAGUUUGAAGGUAGGCCUUGAAAUACAUCCACAGGUACACCUCCAAUUGACUCAAAUUAUGUCAAUUAGCCUAUCAGAAACUUUUAAAGCCAUUUUCUGGAAUUUUCCAAGCUGUUUAAAGGCACAGUCAACUUAGUGUAUGUAAACUUCUGGCCCACUGGAAUUGUGAUACAGUGAAUUAUAAGUGAAAUAAUCUUUCUGUUAACAAUUGUUGGAAAUAUGCCUUGUGUCAUGCACAAAGUAGAUGUCCUAACCGACUUGCCAAAACUAUAGUUUGUUAACAAGAAAUUUGUGGAGUGGUUGAAAAACGAGUUUUAAUGACUCCAACCUAAGUGUAUGUAAACUUCCAACUUCAACUGUAUGAUCCAGAUACCUACAUCACAUCUUACACCCUGGGGUUCGACACUUCCCCUACACUACCACCACACCACCACGUCUUGGAGGAUGUAUAUUGGUGUAGAGUAAAGUUUCCCCUAGAAGCUGAUCCUGUGUCAGUGUUCUAUUUUCCCCACUAAUGGUUAAGGUGAUGAUUUGGUGACGGGAAGCUGAUCCUAGACCUGUACCUAGGGGAAACUUCAUCCCGGCGUUUUAACACUACCACACCACGUCUUAAGAGUGUAUAUUCAUGCAUUCGUUGUUGUUGUUUAUUAUUACAUGUUGUGAUAUCCAUUUGGUAUAACUGGAAUCCAUCCUUGUGGUGUAAAUAUGUCCUGAGAAGUUCAUCCAUAUGUCAACUAAUGCCAUCUGUAUGUCAUCUGUAUGUCAACUAAUGUCAACUAAUGUCAUCCUUAUGUCAACUAAUGUCAACUAAUAUCAACUGUAUGUCAACUAAUGUCAUCCUUAUGUCAACUAAUGUCAUCUGUAUGUCAACUAAUGUCAUCCUUAUGUCAACUAAUGUCAUCUGUAUGUCAACUAAUGUCAUCUGUAUGUCAACUAAUGUCAUCUGUAUGUCAUCUGUAUGUCAACUAAUGUCAACUAAUGUCAUCUGUAUGUCAACUAAUGUCAUCCUUAUGUCAACUAAUGUCAUCUGUAUGUCAUCUGUAUGUCAACUAAUGUCAACUAAUGUCAUCUGUAUGUCAACUAAUGUCAUCUGUAUGUCAACUAAUGUCAUCUGUAUGUCAACUAAUGUCAUCCUUAUGUCAACUAAUGUCAUCUGUAUGUCAACUAAUGUCAUCCUUAUGUCAACUAAUGUCAUCUGUAUGUCAACUAAUGUCAUCUGUAUGUCAACUAAUGUCAUCUGUAUGUCAUCUGUAUGUCAACUAAUGUCAACUAAUGUCAUCUGUAUGUCAACUAAUGUCAUCUGUAUGUCAACUAAUGUCAUCUGUAUGUAAUCUGUAUGUCAUCUGUAUGUCAUCUGUAUGUCAUCUGUAUGUCAACUAAUGUCAACUAAUGUCAUCCUUAUGUCAACUAAUGUCAUCCUUAUGUCAACUAAUGUCAUCUGUAUGUCAACUAAUGUCAACGGUAUGUCAUCUACAGUAUAUGUCAUAUGGCAAAGUUCAUCCAAAUACAAUUGUGACCAUUUUUAUUUUUUUUAAGUGUCUUAUUGGCCGUUUGACCAAAGCAUGCAUGAGGACACACAAACAAGACAACGCUGCUCCGUUGAUGAAAAUAUUACCGCUUAAGAAGAGCUGACCAUACUUACUGUAGAUUGCUGUUUUAAUUUCAAUGCCAAAGGAAUAUGUAUACUUGUUUUGUUGAAAGUGACACAGAACAUCCAUGCUGUGUUGGGUUUUACUGUAUGUGUCCCAAACGGGGCCCUCUUCCCUACAUUGAACACUACGGGCCCUGGUCAAAAGUAGUGCACUAUGUAGGGAAAAGUGUCCCGUUUGGGACGAGGCCUGUGUAUAUUGACAUGUAUUACAGCCUACUGUACUGUUUAUCGUUGUAUUAUAAAAUCUCGCAAUUAUAGGGUUGGGACCAAUCAAAACGUACAGUUAAAUUGAAAAUUCACUUAGUCAGGUUAGGAUUUACUCCUGAAUCUAGAAUUAUACGGCUGUGUAUUUUGUUUUCUAUGUUAUUUUUAUUUGAUUUAUUGCAAAAAAUCUUUUUGUAAAAAAACAUGUGAGACGAGUACCAUAAUUAAUAAUACUAUUUCAACUACCGUGUGUUCCGAGUCGUGUGUGUGUGUGUUCAUGAGUUGUUGUGAUUUAUAUUGUCAUUUAGCGUAACUAAUAGUUAGGUAAACAGAGCGGAAAUUAAGAAUAGCGAGAGAGACUGUGUGUGUGUGUGUGUGUGUGUGUGUGUGUGUGUGUGUGUGUGUGUGUGUGUGUGUGUGUGU